GGUGGAUGUCCAUUUAAAUCCUAUAAUAUUCAUAUUUAAAAGUUACAAGAGGUAAGGCACAAACUGGCGGCGGGCCUCUAUUGUCGCCACUGUAUGUAAAGGUUUAUUUAGUCACUGUAAUUUUUAUUUUAUUUCGUCGCCAUCUAUAAAUAAGUUUUAUAAGUAUCAAGUUUUCGACAACUUGUAGGACGUUCUACCCCUGCUUUCUGUAAAACCCAAGAGAGGGCGCUAUUAUUUGCGUCAUUUACGUCAUUUUUAAGCAUGUACAAAAUUUCAAACGAAUAUGCACGAUUUUUCAUUGGUUAAAAGUUAAUGCACACUUGAACAUUUUCUUGGAACAACCCUGUUCAUUAACUUGUAUUUAAGGUAAAAAUCGAAUUACCUGGAAUUUAUACAAGGAGCUAUUUUGACUCCAAACCACUCUAAGGAGCUUUUAGUCUUUGCCUGAAACUUAAAGUAACCACUUGCUUGAUUGAUUGAAAUUUGCAUUUAUUUAAAAAAAAAAACCAGUGACCAUGUCGAAAAAAUCUCGCCGAACAAUUUCAAAUUCAAACCAAGAAAAGAAAAUCACCAAAGCCGUGGGCCAUUCCAAACAAUCCAAGAUCGAAACCAAAGUUCACGAUAAGAAUUCGAACAUGAAGAAAAUCGACAAAAUGGACAAUUCCAUACUAUCCAAGCUCAAAGCCAAAUCUCGUAGAAAUAAAUCAAAAGUGAAGACAAUCUCUAAAGUCUUUGGCGACAAUUCUAUACUAUCCAGAUUCCCCAAAAUCGUAAACCAUUCGAUACUAGGCAAGAUCGAAGCCAAAGUUCUCGAAAAGAAUAUGGACGUGAACCUGCGGGACAGUUUACUGGCAUGGAAUUUUAACAAAAAGGUUAAUGCUCACUUAGAGGCACAUGAAAAGAAACUGCUGGAAAAAGGAAUUAAACUGACUAGGAAGAAAGUGGAACAGGAAAUUGAGAGAAUUAUGCGGAAUGAAAUAACGAUGAUGAAAGCACCACAAAAGUAAUUUCGAUAUUUACCAGUUAGUAUUUAUUUGAAAUUUUGAUAUUAUUUUGUAUGUUGACUAUACGUCAUAAUUUAACAUGUUAUCUGAAUGUAUAAUGUAAUUAACUGUUGAAUAUUUUAUAAAUAUACCUAACUUGAUAGAA